ACAACUGCUGCCAACGCAACGUGAAAACCGAACGGCGGCAAAGAAAAUUUCGAAACGUUAACCUGGAGCAGGCCCCCUGUGCACAAGAAAAUAUAUCCACGAGAUGCGCGAAUCUUGAUCCAUUGCUGAAAAUUUGAAUUUGAAUAAUUACGCAAGGCGAGGCACGCGAGUGCGGUCGUGAAGUGAAAUGAAAAGUGGGCGCAGCGAAAGUGGAAAUUGACGUCAAUUUUCCGGUGAUCACUGUGCUGAGUAAGCAAUUAUAUCAAGUGAAAGACAAAUAGAUAAGGAUAUCAGCUAUCUUUCCGUUCGCUAUCGGUCAUCCGCAAUUCCACCAGACACUCGUAAUUGUUAAUUGGAGCCAAGCCAACUGAGACACCACGAGAGGGCUGGAAAGGUUAGAAACCCAGGGGACCAGAAAGCGAUUCCCUGACAUGCGAGCCAGAGCGUUGAGUCCGUGACGACAAUCAUUGCAUCAUCGAGAUUAGCAGACAUUACUGGGAGUAGCCAAGCAAGAUGAGUGCCGCCGGCUGGCUGGAUAUGAAUGCAGCCCUCGAGAACCUCAAUUCUACGCCAGAGUCGCCCCAAAAGGCCAGAAGAAAGCGGCGCAGCAGCUAUGCCGGACGCAGUGCCUCCACGGCCGGAGUUCAUGGACGUGGCAGCAUUGGCACCGUAAGCUCUGGAAUCUUCAAAUCCUUUCGAGAGCGAUUCCUCAGCAGCUCCUCCGGGGAGUCUACUAACUAUAGAAAACUGAGGCAGAAGGAUGCGGAGUCCGGAAGGUUGGGUGUGAGCAGUUCCAGCGAGAGUUCUGGGGAGGAUGAGGAGCCCAGCAGCAGCAGUAGUGUGGAGGAUCUGUUCGCGAGUGAGGCGGAACGCCGCAAAUGGCAAAGGAGAACUUCGGACCAGCGACGCCGGACAGCCAGAAAAAAGAAUCUGAUGCAUACCAAGGAGAAGAAGCGUCGGGUGCGGAUCAUCCUGAGCAUUGUGACUGCGGUCAUAGCGCUAGCUUUGCUGGCCACAGCCUUGGUGUUCAUUCUUCGCACAGAUGAAAAGGACAGUGCCGACGACUCAGACUCGAACUCCAAUAAUGCCAUUGAUUUGGAAGAUGUGCUGGGCGGUCAGCUGUACGCCAAGCGCUUCAACGGCAGCUGGAGCAACGGCGACAGUCUAAUUUACAAGGAGAAUAAUUCUAUUGUAGAGUACGAUGCCAAGACGGGAGCCCUCACCGUCCUGCUAGAGAACGCCCUUCAGUACGUGCUGUAUGAGAAGUCUGCCGAUGGGCAGUUCCUUCUGCUGGCAAAGAACUACAGGAAAAACUUCCGGUACAGCUUCCUCGCCCAGUACGAUCUGUACAACUUGAACACGAAAACGUUGACUGCCCUGACCAUCGAGGAUGUGCAGCAGUACUUGAGCAUGGUCCAGUGGUCGCCGGUGGGGAAUGCCCUUGUGAUCAACUUCAAUCGGAAUCUGUACUACAAGACGGGUGCCCUGGAGCAGGAGAUCGCGCUCACCAGUGACGAGAACGAGAGAGUACUCAACGGCAUACCCGAUUGGGUGUACGAGGAGGAGGUGUUCAGCUCCAACGUGGCCACCUGGUUCAAUCCCUCGGGCAAGCAACUGGCCUUCAUCAAGUUCGACGACUCGUCCACGCACCAGAUCAAUUUCCCCUACUACGGUGAUGCUGGGGAUCUGCGCUAUCAGUAUCCGCUGCACCAGGUGAUCGCCUAUCCCAAAGCUGGUUCCUCCAAUCCGCGGGUGGAGCUGGUCAUGGUCGACCUGGAGAGUGCCGUGGCUGGCAAGCACUUCCUGACCCAGAUGCCGGUGCCAGCGGCUCUCAAUACGGAAACGGACUACAUCGUCACCGUGGUCAGUUGGGUGGACGAUACCAACGUGCUGUCCAUCUGGAUGAACCGCAUCCAGAACGCCGCCUAUGUCGUUACCUUCGACGGACUCAACAGAAAAGUGAUCUACAGCGCCGAGUCGAAGACCGGCUGGGUGGACCUCUAUACCGCUCCGUUCCGCAAUCGCAAUGGUUCCCGUCUGGCCUUCGUCCUGCCGUACAACAACUACAAGCACGUCCAGCUCCUCAGUUCCACGGUGGCCAGCGCGGAGCCACAAACGCCUGAGCCGCUGACCGAGGGCAAGUACGUGGUGGACAGCAUCCUGCACUGGGACGGCACCAACGACAUCAUCUUCUACACGGCCAACACGGAGGAGCACCCGGAGCAGCUGCAUCUGUACGCCAUUCGGGCGCUGCCCAAGCAGAGUCCCAAGUGCCUCACCUGCAACCUGAUCAAGUCCGGGGAUGUCCAGCAGACCUACUUCUCGGCCACUUUCAACGACAAUAGCCACAUUGUGAUAACCUCCCAGGGACCUGGCAUUCCCACUACCCAUAUCUACGAGUGGAAGUUCGAAAACUCUCAAGUUGUCAUCUCGCAUGUCCUCGACUGGGAAACCAAUGAAAGUCUGCGUGCCAAACUGAAGGGCACAAAACUGCCAAGCCAUAAGAUCCUCACGGUGAACAUCGACGGUGGCUUCCAGGCGAAGGUACUGCUCCAGCUGCCCCCCAAUUUGGACACCAGUGGGGCAACCAAGUAUCCCAUGCUGGUGGAUGUCUAUGGAGGACCAGAUUCCUAUUCCGUUACCAACAAAUGGAUGGUGGACUGGGGCACAUAUCUGACCUCAAAUCAGUCUGUGAUCUAUGCCAAGAUCGAUGGUCGUGGCUCUGGACUUCGUGGCGAGAGUCUCCUUCAUUCCAUCUACCUUAAGUUGGGUACCGUGGAGAUCAGCGAUCAGAUCAACGUUACUCAACACCUUGCUAAGACCCUCAACUACAUUGAUGCGGAGCACAUUGGCAUUUGGGGCUGGUCAUAUGGUGGCUAUGCAGCUGCCAUGGCUCUGGCCAAUGACCAAAACCAAGUGUUCAAGUGCGCAGCCUCGAUAGCUCCAGUCACGGAUUGGGCAUACUACGACUCCAUCUACACAGAGCGCUAUAUGGGUCUUCCAAACACCAAUGAAGUGGGCUAUGACAAUUCCCGACUGAGCACAAUGGCAGUAAAGCUGAGGGGCAAGAAAUACCUAUUAGUCCAUGGCACCUCAGAUGACAAUGUGCACUACCAGCAAGCCAUGAUCUUGGCCAAAAAUCUGGAACGUCAGGACAUCCUCUUCAAGCAGAUCAGCUACGCUGACGAGGAUCACGGUCUGUCCAAUGUGCGUCCGCACUUGUACCAUUCGUUGGAUCGCUUCUUUGGCGAAUGCUUUGCCAGCAGUCGCCUAAUGAAAAGUGCCAAGUAAAUAUGGCAAUAACUGACACACAAACAUUGCUAAAAACACAGACAUUAUAGACAUUAUAGUUGUAAUUGCCGGAUAAUAUCAAGUAAUGAUUAGCUGUGUUUUGAGACAAUUUUUCAGCUGCUAAUGGAAAAGUGAAAACAUAAUAAAUUGGUACUUAAAAAGUAAAUAGAUUGCAAAUUAAAAGAAAAAAAACUUUAAACAAACUAGUUAAUCAGACAAUUCAAAUUGAUAUAAAGUUAAAAAUGCUUAACAGAAAGAUUAAAAAUAACUAUAAACCAACAUAAUGCAGGUCCAAAACUGUUAUAAGAUAACUUGGAACAAUAAUCUUUUCAAAUUGCAUUUUAAGACAUUUUAAACUUAAUGAGAAAAAGAAAAAUACACAACAAAUUAUUUAAAAUAGCUGCAAUUGAGGGAAAGCAUUGUUUAGCUAGUGCCUGAUUAUAUUGCUAAUAUAAAACCUAAUGUAGAUAUUGCAAUUCAAUUACAAAUUGUGUAUUCCAACACUUGCAAGCGCUCCAAUUUAAGCUUACUGAACCUAGAUCGGGCAUUUUAAUUGGUAACAAGCAUCCUGUAAAUUAAAUACAAAAAAAAACUUAUGGUAGUGUGUAAUUUUUUGUAGCUUUUUAGUUUGCUACUUGUAAAAAAGUAAACAAAUUGUAAAUAUUAAAAAAAAUAUAGUUGUUAAAUGGCUUUUUGUAUAUUAGAAGACAACAUUGUGUAUAGGCAACCGUUACAAAGGCAAAAAACAAUAAAUAUUUAAAAUAAUAUCA